AUGAAUAUUUUAAGUAAUAAAUGCGAUAAUCUAGCUAUCAACAAAACUUAUUCAUUGCAGAUUGGAAGAACAUUUGUCGCAAAAUAGCGAAAUUUGGUCGGAAUUUGCGUUUUCAACCUGCAGGUGAGAUUUUGGCGCCAAAGUUUGCACCCACGAAAAUAGUGAAUAGAAGUUCUGGAAUUACAAUUUGGAACUGAUAAAACAUCUGUUUUUCUUGAUAUUUUUUUGAAAAUCACGAAAAAUGGUUGAUUUUAUCAGUUUGAAAUUGGAAUUUCAGCGGAGAUGCGGAAGCUAUGCCCAAUUUUUGAAUUUUUAUUCAAAAUCUUAAAUUUUAAAAUUUAUAAGAAAAAAUCCCUCUUUAAAGUUUUAGCCACUUGGAAAGUAAAGUUAUAUUUUUCAUUACUACAUGAAGAGUAUACUUAGGAAAUUGAUUUCCAAAAAUUUCCAGAAAUCUCCAACCAAACAAUUCGUUCACUCAAUUUACAGAUGUCUUCAAUGUUUUCCAAUGUCGUCUUCUUUUGCCAAACUUCUUCAAUCUGCCACGUCAUACUGUUUUGCACAAAGGAUCGAUGUUCAGAUUUGUUUUUGUUCAUUUUUCUAGAUUUUUGUGUUUUUCCGUUUUUCGUUUUUUUUCAAGGAACAACCACAACCGUAUCCAGCUGCUUUUGUUCUACAUUUGCUGUACAAUCGCCGUCUCGUCAACUUGCCCUCUUCAGUUGCUGAUGGUGAUUUUUGAGCUCGUAAUAAAGGGUUCCCAGUCUUUUGACUGAGAAUUCACCCUUUUCGAGCUCGAUUCACCGCCGAGUGGCAAAAUCUGGAAUCAAGCCUGGCUCGCCAGAAAUUUCCAUUUUUCUGGCUCAUAUCGGGCUGUUUCUAGAUUUUGCUGCUAGCGCAUCCUGCGCUCAACAACAAAAUAAUAAUUUUUUUUUUUCUAAUGUGUUUUCGAUUUCCCCAAUCGACUGGCUUUCCCAAAACUCUGAUACUAACCAUUUUUUUUCCAGAAUCGCGAAUGUCGAGCUGCCACUUCUCAGUCAUCGUCACCUGCAAUCUGCUCCAAUAUCACCACCAAUUGCACCACUCGGGAGCCACAAAUCGACGACAAGGAGGAGGACAAUUGCAGAAUAGUUAGUUUAUUUAUUUUUCGGGUUAAGAAUAAGAAUUUUUAAAAAAUUUCAGAUUUUUUUCAGAAUAA